UAUCAGAUUUAUGUGGUAAAGCGAAUGAUUAGAGGCCUUGGGGUUGAAACAACCUUAACCUAUUCUCAAACUUUAAAUAUGUAAGAACGAGCCGUCUCUUGAUUGGACCGCUCGGCGAUUGAGAGUUUCUAGUGGGCCAUUUUUGGUAAGCAGAACUGGCGAUGCGGGAUGAACCGAACGCGAGGUUAAGGUGCCGGAAUUCACGCUCAUCAGACACCACAAAAGGUGUUAGUUCAUCUAGACAGCAGGACGGUGGCCAUGGAAGUCGGAAUCCGCUAAGGAGUGUGUAACAACUCACCUGCCGAAUGAACUAGCCCUGAAAAUGGAUGGCGCUUAAGCGUGAUACCCAUACCUCGCCGUUAACGUUGAAGUGACGCGUUAACGAGUAGGCAGGCGUGGAGGUUUGUGAAGAAGCCUUGGCAGUGAUGCUGGGUGAAACAGCCUCUAGUGCAGAUCUUGGUGGUAGUAGCAAAUAUUCAAGUGAGAUCCUUGAAGACUGAAGUGGAGAAAGGUUCCAUGGUAACAGCAGUUGGACAUGGGUCAGUCGAUCCUAAG